AUGGACAUGGACUCGCAACAAGCUAUCCGUCGACGCUGCUCUGUUGCCGACCGUCUGCCAGCAGACUUUGUUAUACCCACCACCUCCAGCUCGAAUUCUGAGACUGCCCCUGAUUCGACCAUUUCUUCAACCACAACUACCGCUGUCGCUGCCUCUGUCAAUCCUAGAUACGUUCCUGCUCGUAACCUCGCUUCACAUAACCGCCACGGCAGCAUGAGUUCAGUGGGAGGAAUUCCCCCUCCGCCUCAAAGAGACGAAACUAUCUCUUACAGACGUGGCCACACUCGUGCGAAAUCUAGUGUAUCCAGCAUGAACCGUCAGGUCAACCGACUUUCCUUGACGCUCCCAAUUGCACCCCCUACGAGCGACCCUUCCCGACCAACACCAACCUCUUCCGCCAUGUCAUCAGUUCCUCCGACCCCAAUUGACUCCGGCAUCGCCUCACCGGCUGGCGCAAAUGAGUUCAUCAUUGCCAUUGCCGCCCAAGAGAGACGUGUGCUAGAAUUAAGGGAGGAGCUGUCUCGUGCUGAGGCGGAAUUGACUUCACUAAAGAAGAAGUGGACGACACAAGAAAAGAGGGGUGAUCCCAUCCCCGUUGAGGCAUACCGCAGCCCAAUUCUACCUUCAGAUACCGAUGGCUCCUCGGUGAGGCGAAGCGCCGAGUCGGACCGCCGAAGAUUAUUGCAGCAGACGGGUGCAACGAGUCCCAAUCGAAGAAGGGUCCUUCGCGGUGGACAUACAAGAACCCUGUCUCUGCUGUCGCCGGCGAAGCCAGACGGAGGUUUCUCAUUAUACCAUGACCGCGAUCACGAGCACGAGCAGGUCAAAUUACCUUCAAUAGAGCGCAGGACCGCUCAAUUAACAAACCCUCAUUUGAAUAAGCGUGCCUCAUGGCAGCCACGCACACAACAAAACGUCCCGGGUGCCGCUCAAAUUGUCGAGGACUUUAAACUGGGCCUCAGAGCUUUUGUCGAGGACAUACGUCAAAUUACUGUUGGGGACGAACCUAUCAACGGCCAGCCCGUUCGCUCCAACAGUGUCAGCGACCGCAGCGAAACGUCCCGAACCCAGGAUACGGUCCGAGCGAAUCGCCCACUUCGACCCAAAGUAAGCACAGUGUUUGAGCCACCCCACAACAACUCUGAGACCACAGAGCGCUCAGAGACACGAUCACAAACGACGACAACAGCGUCAAAAACUCGCCCCGAGAUGCCUGCACGGAGUAAAACCAAAUCGAAGAACAAGUCUUUCUCUUGGCAACCUCUUGGAUUCGACUCGAUGGAUGACAAUGACUGGUCUAAUUGGGAGUCCCCGGCUUCGUCCUCUAAGACGUCUCGUUGGAGCGGCUCUACUAUUGGCAGUAGUGGACUGGACGAUAUGUCUGCUACUUCGGACGAGGGAGAACCUGCGGACUCGCCCUCCAAGAAGAAGUCCGGUUACGAAACUCCUCUCCUGUCCCCCAAACUUGAGGAGCUUCUGCCCAAUAUUGUCAACCAAUUCUCGCCCAGCAAUCUCAAGCGUACAGCGACGAACCUGAUGGACGAGUGGGAAAAGUCCCUCACCGACCCCAACUAUCCUCACCAGUCACAAGCUCAAGAAAACACCGCCUAA